GUUGAUAGUAGUAAAUGGCUGCAAUUAGAAAAAAGCUUGUUAUUGUUGGUGAUGGUGCUUGUGGUAAAACUUGUUUAUUAAUUGUUUUUUCUAAAGAUCAGUUUCCUGAAGUCUACGUUCCAACUGUUUUUGAAAACUAUGUUGCUGAUAUUGAAGUUGAUGGAAAACAAGUUGAGUUAGCUUUAUGGGAUACAGCAGGGCAAGAAGAUUAUGACCGAUUACGUCCACUUUCUUAUCCAGACACAGAUGUAAUAUUGAUGUGCUUUUCAAUAGAUUCACCAGACAGUUUAGAAAAUAUCCCUGAAAAAUGGACUCCUGAAGUUAAGCAUUUUUGUCCUAAUGUACCUAUUAUAUUAGUUGGAAAUAAGAAGGAUCUUCGUAAUGAUGAAAACACCAAAUGGGAAUUACAGAAAAUGAAACAAGAACCUGUAAAAAUUGAACAGGGAAAAGAAAUGGCUGAUAAAAUUAAUGCUUUCUCUUAUAUAGAAUGCUCUGCAAAAUCAAAAGAUGGUGUACGAGAGGUAUUUGAAACUGCAACUAGAGCUGCUUUGCAGGUAAAGAAGAAAAAGAAACCAAAAUGUCAGUUAUUGUAAUAUUCUUUUUCUGGCUAAAUUUAAAUUUGUGUACACAAAAACAGUCAGCAGUCAGGUACAGCACCUGUGACGAUAAUAUUGGCUAUCCUAAUGUUGAAUAGCGUUUUUACUACAGUUUUUUGAUCGCUCCAUUAUUCCAUCAAUUCUUGAUAGUUGUGUCUAGGGUUUUGCUACUGUUCUGAAAUAUUUACAAAUUUAGUCAUAGCCUUGAUUUUAAAUGGUUCCAAUUUGUCAGUUUAAAUUGUUUUUGAAUUUUUUUUAUCUCCUUGAUAACUUAUUUUGAAUUUAAAGUAUCUGGAUUUUGAAGUUGUUUAGCUUUUUUUUCUGUAUAUAAAUUUUGUUUUGAGAUAAGAUUUACUCACUAUCAUGUUAAUUGUCUUGUUUUAAAAAAUUCAGCUUUUUAAGCUCUUUAUCUCAAAAACAUGAAAUGUGACAACAUUUAGACUUUGGAGAAUUUCUUUGCAUAUCUAUUGUAUAUUUUAUUGAGAUGUUUUAAAUUUACAUUAGCACAAAUAAAAUCUCUAAUGAGUUA